AUGUCAUCGUCAGCUACACCAACUGGCACUCCCCGGCCGGAGCAGCAGGCCAAGAAGAAUGCCGGAAAGAAGGAAGUCAAGAUAUUAAUGAUUCACGGCUACACACAAUCCGGCCCCCUCUUCCGCGCCAAAACCCGCGCCCUCGAAAAGCUCCUCGCCAAAACCCUCGCCCCCGUCUCCCUCCUCCCCGUUCUCUUCUACCCCACCGGCCCCAACCGCCUCCUCCCCCAAGACAUCCCCGGCUUCGUCUCCUCCGAAUCCCAAGGCGGCGACGCCAUCACCGACCCGGCAGACCUCCCCGACACCUGGGGCUGGUUCCGCAAAGACGACGGCUCCAACACGUACCGCCUCUUCGACGAGGGUAUGGCCGUCAUCGCCUCCGCCAUCCGCGACGCCGGCGGCAUCGAUGCCGUCUGCGGCUUCAGCCAGGGCGGUGCCAUGGCGGCCUUCAUCGCUGCUGCUUUGGAGCCUUCGAGGCCUGUUUUGGAAGGGCCGGCGGGGGAAUGGGCGCGCAAGCUGAGAGAGGCGAAUGACAACCGGCCUGUCAAGUUUGCCGUUUCGUAUUCGGGCUUCUAUGCUGCUGUGGAUUCGCUGCAGUGGCUGUACGAACCAAAGAUUAAGACUCCGACGCUGCACUACAUUGGCAGUCUGGAUACGGUUGUCGAUGAGAGCCGGAGUCAAGGACUGGUGGAUCGAUGCGAGGAGCCGCUCGUUGUAGUUCACCCUGGCGGCCAUUAUGUCCCGGUAUCUAAAGAGUGGGUGAUGCCUCUUGCUGGAUUCAUAAAAAAACAUGCCAGCGGCCAGGAGGCAGAGUAA